AUGGACAAUCAGUCCAAACGAAUACGUCAUACUAAAGGGUCGAAACAAGUGCGUAAACAACGACCGAAUCCUCUCCGACCGAUCAUUUCCGGCGAAGUCGCUUCCCAAUUUUUCCGUCAUGCUGAUUCGCUAGCAACUCGCUCCUCGGGCAGUGGUGAUCUCGACCGCUUGAAUGAUAUUAUCGAUGACAUCACAUCCGAAGGCGAUGAUACACGAGCGGCUUCAUCGUCGAAAUAUUCUGGCAAGUCAACAUCAAACGUUGUCGAACCACCUUCACCUCCUGUCAAUGAUAAUCAUUCAUCGUUGUUCACGUUACCACAAUUGAAUGAUUAUUCAACUCGGACUCCUCGUUCGAAAAAAGCCAUGUUUAAAGAUGCGAAAUUGAAGAAAUUCGGCGAGAAAAACCAUUAUUCUCCCAGUCGCGCGAAUGACAGUGAUGAUAGAAUAGAUACAAGUACUCGCCGCAAAUCCAUCGGCGACGUCCGCCGUCAGCAAUUAACUGAAUUCAUGGAAUAUUAUCGACAUUGCUUGGAAUCAGCACAAAAUUCGAACGCACCCGGCAUGCGUGAUGAUCCAACAAAUAACGAUCGACGAAAACAAUACACAACUACGCUCUGGUACGAAUUAAAACGAUAUUUCAAUGGAAUUAAUCCUUCCGAUGAGAAUGGUAUUGAAUUAGAACAGCGUUCGAUUGAUAACCAACGAAAGCAAUAUCUUGACAACUUUUAUCUUCAAUUUACUCAAUGCAAUUUCGAAUCUACACAUUAUCCGUACGAUGCGAUGCCUAUUCAACGUCGUCAUCUACACGAAUUUCAUAUAAAUGAUUGUAAGGAGGUCGAGAAGAUCAUGGAAGAAUUGUUCCAUAAAUGGGAUCAGAUUUUAUCAUUAUUUCCAUCCUAUGCAGCUUUGGAACAGUACGAUAAACGUUUUGAUUCGCGUACUGAUGCAGGAAGGAAGUUUUACGAACGAUUAUCCGUUUUUCAAGCAUGGUUUAAUCUAAAUUCUGAAAUCAACCGGCUGAUCACUGUCCUCGGUCGAAUCAUGGGCUGUACGCAAUCUCAUUCCUGGCCAAAUGUUUCCUGCCCGGUCACAUCAAAACCACACGAUACGGCGACGAUCAAUAUCUCUCGUCCACCAACGCCGUCAUCGACAUCAAGUAAUGAGCAAAAAGAUAUUCCUGCUGGUUCACCAUCAAACUCAUCUUAUCUACUCUAUCACACACCUCUGAAACAACAACAUUCAACUGUAUCUAAUUCAUCGCGUAUGUCAACAUCGUCUUCGUAUUCGACAACACCUGACCUUCCUUCAAAACGACAACAUACGAUAACAUCAAUGCCUAGUAUGGAUAAUAUUCAUCAAUCAUUAACAAUGACAUCACCAUUACCCGAAUAUUAUUACAGAUAUAUUGAUGAUCAGUUAACUCAUGCUCGUAUUGAGUUGAUUGCAACGAUAUUCCGUUCGAAACAUGGUCCGUUGUUACAACGUUUGCGAUAUAUCUUUCGGAAAGAGCAAGGUACAAGUGGGAAUAUGUUACCAACAACAUUCGAUUCCGUGUAUAAAAAUCAUUUGCUAUUACCAGCCAAUUUAGUUCCAAAUGAUUAUCUGAUAGAUGCGGGACCUGACAAAUUAGUCGAUGAAUUUUUAACGCUAAACAAACAAUUACAACAGCAAAAAAAUCCUAAUCUGGCGAAUAAGAAGAAAAAGAAGAAUCGAAAUACAUAUCCAGAUCAAGUCAUUAAUAUUCUCAAUCGAUUUGAUCAAAAUCCAACAUUGACAUCGAGCACAUUUCCACCUGCCUCUGCACCAACUCUAGUUCUAAAAAUUUUAUCCCACGAUCGAAGUAUCAUCAAACGUCAAUCGUAUUUUCUUGAUUACCUUGAUUCAACCCUCUUUCCCCAUCUCCCUGGUUCUACUCUCUUUCCCGAUCCAUGUACAUUUCUCGAUAAUUUAUCAUUGAACUCUCUUUCCCAGCUGACAACCGAUGAAAGCAUUCUGAUCGCGAAAAUGUUAACAAUAUGCUAUCGUCUCUAUGAUAAACACGUUUGGAGUGAUACCGCCAAAUUCCUGGAUAUGUUCGAGUUAUUUCAUUUACCUUCACUGUAUCCGCAAUAUGUUUUUCUUGUGCAAAUUCCAUUAGAUCUAAUGUUAGCUUGGCAAAAAUAUCAUCAAGACCGAAGAAUGGAUCAUACGACAGCACCAGGUGCUCUGUUGUUGUUGAUCGAUGAAUGUAAAAUCUUAAUUCACAGUGCAACAUUGAUUCGUCAGUAUAUGAAAACGAUGAUCACGGAUGUAUUUGAAAAAUCUGAAAUUCACUUGGUUGAAGAUGAAAUGACCCAAUUCGAUAAGAAUAUCAUCGAAACUCUCCAUGAAAUGUUGACUUACAUCGAACGUUACAUUGAAAUCUCUUUACGUUCGAAUCUCUUUCAUAAUUGUAUCAUUUUGCUCAAAGAACAAUGGAAAUCGCUGAAAACUUACGCAACGAUGAUGAAUAUUGAAGAACUUCUCGGUGAAAAAUUUCUCAAUAUGUAUUCGACAAUUAUCAAACAUUUCCAUGAUUACAUCGACGUGUUUCAUUCUGUCACACCAUCGAAAGAAACCAUCAAUAUCGAACAUAUAAAAAAGAAAAUGCAUAAGAAAUAUCAAAAGAAACUAACUGUCGACAUUCUACGUGAAGCAAAAGCGAUUUACGAUGAUUGCGCAUUGACGAUCAAUAUCUAUUUACAAAAAUCGGUUUGUCGACGAUUUCUUCUAAUACUCAAAAGAGCUGGUUUCGAGCGUAUUAAAUUCGCUACGGAAUCUCACCAUUCGCACUCGAAAAACCACAGAGACUCAUCAUCAACAUCUCAGUGUCUUCUCUUCGCUCCUGCCGAAUAUUUUGAAGACAACGCCACAAAACUUCAAUUAGCUCGAACGUUGUCAUCGUCAUUCCGUAUCAAUGCUAGCAAUACAUCUUCCGGAGAGUCAACUGAUGAAGCAAAUUCACAAUCUCAGACUCAGCAACAACAGCAAUCAUCGCCGACUUCUCUACAACAACAAGCAAAUUCACCAGUCGAAACAUUACCACCGUUAGUUUAUGUUCUCUGCGUUCCCAUGUCAAAGGAAGUCGAAUCAGAAUGGCGUGGAGUGACACAUACGAUCCAAGCGCAUAAAACCUUAACACCCGUUUCACCUUUGCAUACCAAUUGGAAAACAACAACAAUUUUCUUGCUGACACAACAAACGAAUAAUAUGGAAAAAUUUGAAGAGUCAUUCCGAGAACGUCUGUCGAAAACCAAUGUUCAACAAGAUGAUCUGUAUAAUUUCGAUACGAAAAAAGAACAAAUCCUACAGAAACGAUCUUGUUUCGAAAAAGUCGAUCGAGCGAUGAGUGACUUGGCCCAUGCAAUCUUAAGUUUAAGUAAUUGUGUAGCGAAAAAUGUCGAAGACUUUGAAAACAUCAUCGAAACCAUCAAUAAACAAGCAGGUACUGGUCAAGAUGCUGAACGUAACAAGAAAAUUGACACUCGUACCUAUGUUCAUACUGAAGAGCGUGCAUUCGCGUUCGCCAUGGAUAUUAUUCGAGAAACGAGUUAUUAUGCUACACAAUUGGAAACCAAUACAUUAAAAAUUCAAGCCGAGCGACAACUUUUGUUCGGAAAUACUUGGAUGAACUUUGUUCGAAAGAAAAAAGCAGCAACUAGUGUAGUGAAAUAUCCCGGAACAUUACCAAUGUGGUUACUCCCUGGAAUACACUUUCUUCGACAUAUUUGUUUGUUACAUUUCACUACGCAUAUCAGCGAUGAGGUUUUUAACAAGUUUUGUGAUAAUAUGCAGUCAACAAUUCAUUAUUCGAAUAAUACGAACAUCACUAGUGGACAAAAACAGGUGAAUCCGCAUAUUCGUUGGAAGAAAUCAUUGAAGCCAUUUCCGAUCUUAUCGACGGCAACAUCACGAGAGUCGGAGAGAUCAAAACGAAGGGAAAGUCAUUUGACACGAAUUCAAAAACUCGAACGUAUGGAUAAACUGAUCGAUCGGCGACGUUACAAAGAUGACCUAAUCGGAAAAAUCACUCAGCGCGAUGAACGUUCGAUUAAAAUGCCAUCGAUAUCAAAACGAAUGGAACAAGACUUGGCAUAUUUAAAAAUACGAAAUUUCCAUAAAUUAAAUCUUCUUUCCCGUGGUCAAUACGCAACGACAUACAAAUGUACCGUGGAAUCCAAUGAAGUUCUCUGCUAUAAACAAUACAAAAUUCAGCACAAUGACGCUGCUGCGCUUGCUAAAGUUCUUGAACAACUAGUACCAUUGAUGCACAUCAAUCAUGAAAAUUUAAUCAAAUAUCGCGGCAUCGCUCUUGAAUAUGAUCAUAUCUUAUUCUUUAUGGAGUACUGCAGUCAUGGUACCAUCGCUCAACUCCUACUUGGCUCAUCUACGUCAUUAUCAUUGUCAGCAACUCAAGUCGAUGCACGUCGGACAUCCUCAUCACUUGUUUGCUCGCUAAACGAUACGUCAUCCGUGGAUAAGGGCAUCAUUCAAACAACAGCAGGCUUUGCCUUUUUCGAAGAGUGUCUCGUUCGACGCUAUUUAAGACAAUUAUUAUCUGCGUUGACAUGUUUGCACGAAAAAGACAUUAUUCAUCGAGAUAUACGCAAUGUGAAUAUCUUUUUAACCGAUUCGACGAAGCAAUCCAUUAAAUUAGGCGACGUCAAUUUCGUUUAUGAUUUCAAAUUUAUGAAGAAACAAUCAUCUCUAUUAGACAUGGAAGCAAUCGCCAAUAUUCGUGAAUCAAUUAUCUUCUAUGCACCGGAAACAAUCACCCAAAACGAAACAACCACUAAAUCUGAUAUUUGGUCUCUAGGCUGCACACUUGUUCAUAUGUUAACAGGUCGCAUACCAUGGAGCAGUCCAUCGAUAGCAUCAAGUGCUUAUUACUGGAAAGUUGUCAACUGGGUAGCGAAUGGUGUUCAACCAAUAAUUCCGACUGAUUUGAGUUUGUCACAUGAUUGUAUUAAUUUCCUUGAGCAAUGCUUCCGACACGAUCCAAAUCUACGGCCAUCAUCCCAUGAACUUCUCGAACAUCCGUUUGUCAUAGAGCAUUAA